UCGAAUCUCGGCAAACAUUGAGCAAGUGAGAGCGAACAAACGCGAGAGUGAGAGAGAGAGUGUGUUCCGCGCCGGCGCAAAACCCGUCCCACCUUCUCACUGAAUUUCCCCCACGAGUCGACCCGGCAAGACAUGAGACAAUGCAUUUACACCCGAGCUGCUCAGAAACGAAUCUCUGCCCGAACUCGCCGUACUACAAACCAUUGAGCAAGUCGGCGUCUUCCGGAAUAACUGCGGCUGCUGCUGCUCCUGCUUCCGGUGGCACCAUCGUUCCGAGUGGCGGUGGUUCCGCCCAGCACAAGCAUUCGCCGCUGAUUGGUGGUGGUGCUGGCAACACUGGUGCGAACAUUUUCAACGGUCUUUCGGCGUUUGCGGCCACCGGUGGUGGUGGAGGCGGCGGAUUCGGGGCCGCGAACCGUACCAGUGCCUACCUGGCCGACGAGGGUGCUGCCAUUCGACGUUCGGCGCUCAGCACAAUGUCCCAGCAGGGCGAUGAGUACAACUCGCCCAACUACCUGUCCUGGCGGAAGCUGCAGCUGAGCCGGGCCAAGCUGAAGGCGUCCAGCAAGACGUCGGCGCUGCUGUCCGGAUUUGCCAUGGUCGCCAUGGUGGAGGUCCAGCUGGACGAGAAGACGAACGUCCCGCCGGCCAUGCUGAUCGCGUUCGCCAUCUGCACGACGCUCCUCGUCGCCGUCCACAUGCUCGCCCUCAUGAUCAGCACGUGCAUCCUGCCGAACAUCGAAACCGUGUGCAAUCUGCACAGCAUCUCCCUCGUCAACGAAUCGCCGCACGAGCGCCUCCACUGGUACAUCGAGACGGCGUGGGCCUUCUCGACGCUGCUCGGGUUGAUUCUGUUCCUGCUGGAGAUUGCCAUCCUGUGCUGGGUCAAGUUUUACGACCUCAACACGACCGCCGCCUGGUCCGCCUGCAUCGUCCUCAUCCCGGUGCUGGUCGUGUUUGUCGCGUUUGCGUUCCACUUUUACCGCUCGCUCAUGACGCACAAGUACGAGGUGACCGUGUCCGGCAUUCAGGAGCUGGAGAUGCUCAAGGACAAUCUGGACCAUCAGCAUCACCACGGGCCACCGUACCAGUCGGUGCAGAUCGUUUGAGGACCGCCCGGAGGGCGACACUGUGAUUGUGAUUUCCAAAAUCUUCUGUUAACUUCUUUUUUUUGUUGUUAUAGCUCACUUGACGUAGACAUUUAGAAAGUCUUGUUUUCCCCUUAAGUUUAUCUCAGUAUCGCGCAACCUUCCCACCCAAACCAUCCACUAUUUCUCCACUAGUUCUCUAAACAAACUUAUUCUUAAGUAAAACUAAAGUAUCCCCAACUACUCACCUUGACCACAAAUCAAAAACCCAACACUAAUAUUGUAAUUAGGCGCUUAAAAUCGUAAUAAAAAAAAGUGAACGAAAGACAUACCUACAUUACAAGUAAACUAAAUAUACUAGCUAGUGUUAUUAAAUAAACAAUAACUUAGGGAAUCAGCAUGAGACGAAUGAGGCGUGAAAUUUUUGUUAAACGAACACAAACACACCAACCUAAUGUAACAACGAGCGCAGGUUAUCUUAACAGUUGACGAACUUUUGUUUUGUAUAAUUUUGAACUUUUUUACCAGGAGGAGACUGUGACCUGCGAUUGUAUAUUCUGUAUAAAAGUUCUCCUACAUCGCAUGAAUCCACUAAUUGUGUAAAUUAAACGAUAAUAAAAACUACCUUUUU